CUACUAUAUAACAAAUAAUUUGAGGUAGUAUAGGAUGUGUGUUUAAGCUGCUGAAGAAGAAUGGCUAACCCUGAACCGUUCUCAGAUGAGGCUCGGUUUAGUGGUUCAGCCAACCCUAGACCUGCCAAAACUACUGAGCUAUGGGACGAAAACGAUGAGAGUUAUCUGGUGGAAUGGUGGAAAGCUAACUUCUUCAUCCGUAAACCUAUCCUGUUUGGGACAUGGGACGGUGUUUUCACGUCGUGUAUGCUAAACAUAUUCGGACUGGUCGUCUUCCUACGAGCUGGCUGGAUGGUGGGUAACGCAGGUCUCCUCCUCUCCUGUCUGAUAAUAGUCUUCACCCUCUUUGUUGGUCUGUGCACUGUAAUAGCCUCUAAUGGUCUCAUUGCUAGCUGCACAGAGAACUCUCGGGGCGGUAUUUACGGGAUAAUUACGUACGUGUUCGGCGCUAAAGUAGGGGCCACUGUUGGGAUCAUGUACGUUCUGGGACAGACGAUCUGCAUAGCCCUGUACGUGACGGGUUUUGCGGAGGCGAUAGUGCUAAAGUUCGACCCAGAUCCAGCUAACCACUGGUUACUACGAGGGAUCGGUAUUAUCACUGUCUUAUUGCUCACUGUAGUUGCUCUAUUUGGGGUCAAAUACCUCGUUAGGUUGCAGCUAGUGUUAUUGGGUAUACUAGUGCUCGCAGUCCUGGACUUCGUUAUUGGGUGUAGCAUCGCUGAUGGACCAUCUGGAAUGACAGGCUUCAACUCUACUAGUUUCCAUGACAACCUCUAUCCUGGAUUUGCAGAAAAACAGACCUUUUUCACGGUACUGGGCGUAUUCUUCCCGACCUGUACCGGACUGAUGGCGGGUGUGAACAUGCAGGGAGACCUCAAGAGUCCUCACAAUAACAUCUCCACUGGGUCCCUCGCUUCUCUUGCUGUCAGCGGGUUUCUAUACUACAUGUUUGUGAUUCUGUUAGCGUGUACUGUGCAGAAGGAACUGUUAUUGUCUGACUAUAUGAUAGCAUCUGAGAUCUCGUGGAUAAGCUGGAUGUUCCUGAUAGGACUCUACAUCGCCUCCCUGUCCUCAAUACUGGGUAGUUUGUACGGUGCUCCCAGAGUUUUCCAGUGCAUCGCUCUAGACAACAUCAUCCCCAUCAUAGGCAUAUUCGGCAAAGGAAGAGGAGCUAAUAACGAGCCAGUGAUAGCGACUAUCACCGUCAGUCUAGUCUCCUGUUGCUUUGUUUUAGUGGGACAUCUUAACAUACUGGCUCCCAUCACUGCUAUGCCCUUCCUUCUCACCUACGCUGCUGUUAACUACGCUUACUUCAGUCUUGCUAUGACGGAAGAGAGGUCAACUAAACCAGAGUCAAUACUGGACCAAUACAAUACAGAAAGUACCCCAAUAAUGAAGGAUAGUGAAAAUAAUAUGAAUAGCUCCGAAUCCUACCCUCUUUUAGAUGCGUACAACGACUCGGUCAAAGAUGAGAGGAGGGUUUACUGGCACGAGCAUCUCCAGAGCAAGUGGCUCACUUUCGUUGGGGCGUUACUAUCAGUCCUGAUGAUGUUUCUUAUUCACUGGUUGUUUGCUCUUCUGACAACUGCCCUUGCCACGAUGAUCUACUUCUACACCCGUACCACCAGUCCCGGAACUAAACCUGGAGCGUCCAGUUUCGUGUUGUCUAGGUGGCUGUAUCAUGUGGUGCGGAGUGUGGUUCACCCUCUACCUGCGGAGGAGAAGAUUGUCAUAGCAACAGAAACUCCCGAGAUGAGUUACAAGACGAUGCAGCUGACGGAUGAGAACACAGACUAUCAGGAAAGGGAGAAGGUUCACCAGUCUGUCAUCUCGGAACAGAUCGAAACGUAGCAAGCUAUCCACUUUCACUUUCACUUUCACUUUCACUUUCACUUUCACUUUCACUUUCACUUUCACUUUCACUUUCACUUUCACUUUCACUUUCACUUUCACUUUCACUUUCACUUUCACUUUCACUUUCACUUUCACUUAAGGCUGUGCAAUUCGAGUUGGUAAACAUGUGUCAUGUGACUGUGGGAGAGUAUCUAAAGUUGUUAUGGUCAUCUUGUUGUUUCUUAUAGUUUUCUAGGCGAAGAUAAAAGAUUCCCAGCAAAAGCUCUUUUUAAAGCUUCAGCUAGAGUAAAAGGCUUUUCAUUCGAGUACUGUUAACGCUCCGGUAUUUGAUUUAAAGGCUGUCUGCAUUGGUAAGCUUUAAGAUGGUGUCGAGCCUAAAUUUUUAAUCUGAUUUAAGCUUGAAGUUGAAGUUAGUUAAAAAAAACCCUAGGCUGUUUUGUUAUUUAUUUAAAUUGUUUAUAAAUUGUGGACAGGAGAUUAUUAAUUAUAUGUAAGUAUGACCAAUUUGUUUUACAUGUUUUACAUGCACUACAUAGGCAAUAAAAAUAAAGCGUUUAAUAAAACUAUCAACACUUACGACUAUUUCUGGAGAGACUGUAUAAAUUGAUUGCAGUUGCGAAGUUGUUUGUAUAAGAUAAGCUUGGACUCAAAUAUCACUCAAAUGGUCCAGUGCUAAGAUUCAUUUCGUGCACAUUUUUAUUUAUUUUAUUACAUAGACAUAGUAUUUAUUCAAAUAUUUUACUGUGAAUUAAUUUGAAAGUACUCAUUCAAUUUUAUGUGAUAUCGGAUUGAUAUGAUUGAAAUUAUGUAGUUUCGGUGUUGGUGUAAGUAACAAUAUCUGUGAAUGUGUUAUAUUGAUUAACUUGGAGACUGUUGAAUAUUAUCAUUUUUAUGGAAUGCAAUUUUGUUUUAAGAUUGGUGCCUCAAAUAAUUCAUAAUUUCACUUUCACUUUUAGUUAAGUUUAAUUUAAGAUAAAUAAUUACAUAUUUGUGACCAUGACAUAACUUUAAAGUUCAAAAAUUUAUUUAUAAACAUGUUUCAAUUUAUUUUCAUUUGCAAAUGUAAAUGUUGUGUACAUAUUUAUUAUGUAAUUUCGAAAAAUUGCUGAAAAUUCGUC